GUUUCAGGCUCUGCUGUCCUGGCUCUCCUGUUAGCCAGCUACCUAGCACAGCAGUACUUGCCCAUGCCCACUCCCAGGGUGGUUGGGAUUGACCUUGGCACCACUUACUGCUCCAUCGGCGUCUUUCUUCCUGGGACAGGCCAGGUGAAGGUCAUUGUGGAUGAGAAUGGGCACAACAGCAUCCCAAGUGUAGUCUCCUUCACAGACAGAGGUGUGUUUGUGGGAUAUGAUGGCCUAGAACUGGCUGAUGAAUAUCCUCAGAACACCAUUUAUGAUGCAAAGAGAUUCAUCGGGAAAAUCUUCACUUCAGAAGAACUGAGAAGUGAAAGUAGCAGGUAUCCCUUCAAGAUUUUCAAUAACAAUGGAGCAGCUGAAUUUUCUGUGACAGCUAAUGAAACAUUUCACAUCACUCCAGAGCACGUUGGCUCUCAGCUGCUGCUGAAACUGAAGAGAAUGGCAGAAGCCAACCUUGGAAUGCCCAUUUCCAAGGCUGUCAUGUCUGUGCCAGCAGAGUUUGAUGAAAGGCAACGGAAUUCUACCAUUAAGGCAGCUAACCUUGCAGGGCUAAAUGUUCUGCGAGUAAUCAAUGAGCCCACAGCUGCAGCUAUGGCUUAUGGACUCCACAAAGCUGAUGUGUUUAAUGUCCUGGUGGUGGAUUUGGGUGGAGGAACUUUGGAUGUGUCUCUGUUGAACAAGCAGGGAGGGAUGUUCCUCACAAGAGCCAUGGCAGGCAACAACAAACUUGGAGGACAGGAUUUCAACCAGAGGUUGAUGCUGUAUUUAUAUGAUCAGCUCUAUGAAAGGUAUGGUUCUCUGCCCACACAGAAAGAAGAGAUCCAUCGCCUCAGGCAGGCUGUAGAAGCUGUUAAAUUAAACCUGACUGUUCACGAGGCAGCUACACUAAGGGUGGUAUUGACUCUGCCAGAAAGCAAGCUUACAAAAGGACUUCCAGAAGGUGAGGUAAGAAGAAACAGUGCACUGAAAGGGAAACCUUCACAGAAAACAGAAGGUUUGAACAAUCUUGGACAUGCUUCAAAAGCAGAGAACAACUUUGUUGAAGUUGUGUUUGAAAAGGAAAUCUCUCGGAAGCUGUUCGAGAUGCUAAAUGAGGACCUGUUUGAGAAGAUUCUUGUGCCCAUUGAAGAAGUGCUGAAGGAAGGUCACCUACACAAAGCAGAAGUGGAUGAAAUUGUGUUGGUCGGAGGCUCCACACGGAUUCCCAAAAUACGUAGAGUUAUUCAGGACUUCUUUGAAAAGGAACCCAACACCUCUGUAGACCCUGACCUGGCAGUUGUGACAGGUGUGGCCAUCCAAGCAGGAAUUGUUGCUGGGUCCUGGCCCCUCCAAGUAAGCGCUAUAGAAAUCCCUAACAAGCAUUUACGGAAGACUAAUUUUAACUGA